AUUGCAAGUUCACCUGCCACUACCGCUGCCGCGCGCUCGUCUGCCUGGACUGUUGCGGGCCCCGGGACCUGGGCUGGGAACCCGCGGUGGAGCGGGACACGAACGUGGUGAGCGCGGGGCCGAGGGCGUAUGGGAAGGGCGAGGAUGGGCAGGCCACAGCGCAGGCAUUCUCGAGGGCUGCCUGGGUGCCGCGCGCAAGGAGCGUUCUAAUUGCCGAUUUCCCGGCGGCAGAGAGAGGCUAAUUCUGCGCGGGGUCUGGGAGGGGAGCCUGGAUUGCCGGCUCCACAAGGACUCCACCGGCUGCAAGCGGCCCCGGGCCCAGGCUGACCCCGGCUCCAGGCUGACCCCGGCUCCGCGCACGCGCACUUCCCGCACCUUCCCGCCCUCGCCUCCGGCCAGAGGCCACUCUUGUGCGCUUGCGCGGACCCUGGCACCCGCCCCCGUUCCCCGUGGUAGGUGGGGUCUGUGAGUGGAGCUGCCGGAGCGAUGAGGUCAUUCCUGGGGGCGAAGCGUGCGUGUCCCCGCCCCGGCGUUCCUGCCCCAAUGAGACAAGAGCUAGAUCCCGGCGAUCUACGUUUCAGUCUUAACGGUUGCGGCGCGGCUCUGGCCCGGGCGCACGCGCACACUGACACGCGUACACGCACGCACGCUACCGGGGCGGUGGUUGGCGGCUACGGACGCGCGGGACUGGGGGACGGGCGGGUACGGCUAUGGGCGAGGCGGAGACGCCUUCUUUCGAAAUGACCUGGAGCAGCACGACGAGCAGCGGCUACUGCAGCCAAGAGGACUCGGACUCGGAGCUCGAGCAGUACUUCACCGCGCGAACCUCGCUAGCGCGCAGGCCGCGCCGGGACCAGGACGAGCCUGUGGAGUGGGAGACACCUGACCUUUCUCAAGCUGAGAUUGAGCAGAAGAUCAAGGAGUACAAUGCCCAGAUCAACAGCAACCUCUUCAUGAGCUUGAACAAGGACGGUUCUUACACAGGCUUCAUCAAGGUUCAGCUGAAGCUGGUGCGCCCUGUCUCUGUGCCCUCCAGCAAGAAGCCACCCUCCUUGCAGGAUGCCCGGCGGGGCCCAGGACGGGGCACAAGUGUCAGGCGCCGCACUUCCUUUUACCUGCCCAAGGAUGCUGUCAAGCACCUGCAUGUGCUGUCACGCACAAGGGCACGUGAAGUCAUUGAGGCCCUGCUGCGAAAGUUCUUGGUGGUGGAUGACCCCCGCAAGUUUGCACUCUUUGAGCGGGCUGAGCGUCACGGCCAAGUGUACUUGCGGAAGCUGUUGGAUGAUGAGCAGCCCCUGCGGCUGCGGCUCCUGGCAGGGCCCAGUGACAAGGCCCUGAGCUUCGUCCUGAAGGAAAAUGACUCUGGGGAGGUGAACUGGGACGCCUUCAGCAUGCCUGAACUACAUAACUUCCUGCGUAUCCUGCAGCGGGAGGAGGAGGAGCACCUCCGCCAGAUCCUGCAGAAGUACUCCUAUUGCCGCCAGAAGAUCCAAGAGGCCCUGCACGCCUGCCCCCUUGGGUGACCUCUUGUACCCCCAGGUGGAAGGCAGAGAGCAGGCAGCGCCAAGUGCGUGCCGUGUGAGUGUGACAGGGCCAGUGGGGCCUGUGGAAUGAGUGUGCAUGGAGGCCCUCCUGUGCUGGGGCAUUGAGCCCAGAGAACAGUGAAGGAGCUUGCCCCCUGUGUCCACCUGUGGGUGUAGCCGGGUAUGGCUCUGCACCCCUCUGCCCUCAUUACUGGGCCUUGGUGGGCCAGGGCUGCCCUAAGAAGCUGCUCCAGGCCUGCAGCAGGAGUGGAGCAGACAGAAGUCUCCUCAAUUUGUGUCUCAGAAGUGAGAAUCUUGGAGAUCCUACAAACAGAACAGGGUCAUGUUUGCAGGGGUGAGGGCCCUCAUCUAUGGGGAAAGGUUUUGGAUCUUGAAUGUGGUCUCAGGAUAUCCUUAUCAGAGCUAAGGGUGGGUACUCAGAAUAAGGCAGGCAUUGAGGAAGUCUUUGUUUCUCUCUACGUGCCAACUCCUCACACACCCUGAGGUCAGGGAGUGCUGGCUCACAGUACAGCAUGUGCCUUAAUGCCUCAUAUGAAGAGGAUGUCCCUAGGCCAGGGUCUGUGUGAAUGUGGGCACUGGCCCAGGUUCAUACCUUAUUUGCUAAUCAAAGCCAGGGUCUCUCCCUCAGGUAUUUUUCAUGAAGUGUGUGAAUGUAUGUAAUGUGUGGUGGCCUCAGCUGAAUGCCUCCUGUGGGGAAAGGGGUUGGGGUGACAGUCAUCAUCAGGGCCUGGGGCCUGAGAGAAUUGGCUGAAUAAAGAUUUAAAGAUC